AUGAGAUUUACAGACGCGGUCGUAUCACUCUUAUCAGUGGCAAGUACCUGCAAGAGUGCACUUAUUGAACAAACUUCAUCGCCUAUGGUGAAGCUGAGCUUCAACAAGUGGCAUGGUCCUACAUACGAGGAGUCUUCAUUGGAACGCAGAUCGUUGGAGACUAGAAAUAACAAGGAGUUUAAUUUUAUAGUGGAAAAUCAGCAAAACUUCUACUCUGUAGAUCUUUUAGUCGGUACGCCUGGUCAAAACAUAACGGUUCUGUUGGAUACAGGUUCUUCUGAUCUUUGGUUGACCGCUAAGAACAAUCCAUACUGUAAAUCUAACGCCGGUAGUAAUGAUAAGAAAGAAGACUAUAGACUAGAAGACGGUGACAACCAGUCUAUUGUAUCAAUGCUAACCGCAAGUGGCACUGGUACCAACCCAAUUGGCGGAAGUGGUAUUCCUACCGCCAUAUCCGGAUCUGCACAACUGACGGGUACAUAUACAUCGGGAACAGGAACAGGUCCCAGCGGGUCUUCACCAGAACCAACUAUGGACUGUUCACAAUACGGUACUUUUGACGUUAAUAAAUCCAAAUCUUUUAGAUCCAAUAAGACUGAAUUCUACAUCAGUUACGGUGAUGGUUCCUUUGCGUCAGGCUACUGGGGUACUGACAGUGUCAACUUUGCCAACAUGAACCUCGAAGGGGUUUCAUUCGCAGUGGCUAACGAAACGAAUUCAACCGUUGGUGUUUUUGGUAUUGGCCUGCCAGAAAAUGAAGCUACAUACACACCAGACCCAUCACUGAAUGAUUUUCAUCCUUAUGAAUACCAAAAUUUCCCACAAGUGUUAAAAUCUAAGGGCGCCAUUAACAAGGCAGCAUAUUCGCUGUUUUUAAAUUCCCUAGAUGCAUCUUCUGGUGACAUUCUAUUCGGCGCUGUAGACCGUAGCAAGUACAAAGGCGACCUCUACACCCUGCCAUUGCUAAAUUCCGACCCUACCAAGUACAAAAACCCAAUGGAGUUUGAUGUUACUCUGCAAGGUGUCGGUUUUACAAAUGGAUCCAGCAAAACUACGUUCACCACUACAAAGAUUCCUGCGCUACUCGACUCUGGUACUUCAUUAAUAUAUCUACCAGACGCACUAGCGAAGGGAAUCGCUCACAAGUUGGGUGGUUCCUAUAACGAAGAUAUCGGUUACUAUGUGAUUGGUUGUCCUUCUGAAAACGAUGACUCGCAAUUGGUCUUUGAUUUCGGAGGGUUCACCAUCAAAAAUAAUCUAAGCAACUACUUGCUAGGUUCUCCAGACGAUGGUGACGACAGUCAAUGUGUGCUUGGUAUCCUACCAUCAGACGUUCAGGCUAUUCUAGGUGACGUCUUUCUAGCCGAUGCCUACGUGGUCUAUGACCUUGACGACUACGAGGUCUCGCUAGCACAAGCUAGCUUUGAUAACUCUAAGGAGGAUAUACAAAUAAUUUCUGAUUCCAUACCAGGUGCCAAGAGGGCCCCCGGAUACUCCAAGACCUGGUCCACUCCCGCAAGUAUCAAGAGCGGAGGUAAUAUCUUUACCUCAUCUAACAAGAAAACCGAAAGAGACCACACUGCAGCAACAGCCACCCCGGUCAGUGGCUCUGCAAGUAGCACAUCAGGUGCACAAAUAUCGAGUCAAGAUGUUGCUAAUGGAUUUUCUCCUUCCAUGCUUGCACUUCUAAACGCAUUUAUUCUCUCAUUCGUCAUAUAG